AUGACUUGGACUCGCCACAUGGCUUCUGUGAAACUGGCCGUGCUGGCCGGGCUGGCCAGAAAUGGCAAAUGGUCGGAGAAGUGCGAAUCACAUGAGUCUUCUCCAAGAAGGCGUGGAAGUGAUAGAUCAAGGGACUACCUUGAUGAGACUAGCUGCUUUGAUGUCCGAGAGAGUUUCCGGACCUUGCAGAAGAAGCGCAGAAAGAAGGGCCAAAUUCUCGACGAAAAGUCGAGGGAGGAUCAGGGCUGGUAUUUGAACACAUUGAGACGGGACGAACAAGGAACUGGAUUGACAGGAACUGUCCAUGCUCAACUUGAGGCGGCGGCGAUAUGCAAACAGGAUGCGUACCAGGAUGGAAAGUUAUGA